GUCUCCCUUCGUGAAGACGGGAGAACGUCUCCCUUCUAUUAGUAGAAUAAUUGUAGAAUUAUUGUACAGGAGUUGAGGCUAUAAAUACAGAAUUAAUGCUUGUAUCUUGAGAUAUCAGACAAGCAUAUAUACUUCACCAGUUUUGGUUGUGCCUUUAUCUUUGUCUGAAUACUUGUGUUUCUUCGUCUUGAUCAUGACUCUAACUAACAUGGUUGGAGUAAGGUGCUGCUUCAAACUCCUCUAUGCAAUUGUGGUGGUGAUUUUACUGCACAUGAACAAUCCUUGCACUGGAUGCCGCGAGAGGGAAAGGCAAGCACUCCUUGCACUUAAACAAGGUUUCGUGGCUGACGACGGCGAUCCCCUCGAUUCCUGGGGAAGAGAAGCCCAAAACAAAGAUUGCUGCGAAUGGGAUGGAGUCCACUGCAGCAAACAAACUGGCCAUGUUGUUAAGCUUGAUCUUGGAUUCCAAGUUUUGCAAGGUAAGAUUAGUCCUAAACUCAUUGAGUUGCAGCAUUUGGAAUAUUUGGACCUUCAUUACAGUAAUUUCAAUGGGAGCCAAAUUCCAGAUUUCAUUGGAUCUCUGAGCAAUUUAAGACACCUCGAUCUCUCUUAUGCAAAUUUUGGAGGUUUAAUUCCAUAUCAACUUGGAAACCUUAGAAACUUGCAUUAUCUCGAUCUUGGGUACCAAGAUUCUCUUUUUGGCUCUACUUAUUCUAUUUAUGCAAAAAAUCUCUAUUGGCUUUCUAAUCUUUCUCGUCUAAAAUACUUGGACCUAAGUUUCGUUAAUCUCAGUGAUGUUGUUGGUUGGCUGCAAGUAGUUAAUAUGCUUCCUAAACUAACAAACUUGACAUUAUGGGGCUGUAGUCUUCCUCCUCCAGUUAUAUCCUCUGUUUCUCUCUUGAAUUCUUCUAAAUCUCUUGUUCAUGUCGAUCUCUACAAAAACAAUCUUAACUCAUCAAUCUUCCAAUGGUUGCCCAACCUUGUUUAUCUUGAUCUCUCGGAAACUAAAUUGAGUGGAAGAAUACCUGAAAGUAUUGGACAGAUGUCCAAUCUGGAGACUAUCUAUUUGAGUAUGAAUUCUUUUGAAGGAGUAAUUUCAGAAACUAAUUUCUCGAAACUCUCCAAAUUAAGGAUUUUGGAUUUAUCCUCUAACUCACUAGUUUUAAAAUUCAGUUUUGAUUGGGUUCCUCCCUUUCAAUUGCAUGAGAUAAGAUUGGGGUCUUGUAAGAUGGGGCCGUAUUUCCCGAAAUGGCUUCGAACUCAGAAAAGUUAUCACUGGCUGGAUAUUUCUGAUGCUGGCAUUUCUGAUACCAUUCCAACUUGGUUUUGGGAUUUGCGAAAUAAAUUGGUGUAUAAGGAUUUGUCUUGCAAUCAAAUUAGAGGAAAUUUGAGAUCAGAGUUAGCAUCUAUUUAUUUAAAUGCAAGUUGGAACCAAUUGGAGGGUCCAAUCCCUUCAAUCCUAUCAAACGUAUACACUCUAGAUCUGUCCAAUAAUAAAUUUUCAGGGUCAGCUUCAUUUUUGUGUACAAGUACAACCGAGGAGAGUAAUUUAACCUAUCUUGAUCUCUCAAGCAACCAUCUAUCCGGAGAUCUUCCAGAUUGCUGGAACCAUUUUCACAAAUUAGUCUUUCUUGAUUGGAGCAACAACUCUUUAUCUGGGAAAAUUCCUGCCACGAUGGGAUACUUGUUUAGUAUCGAGACACUAAACCUAAAUAAUAACAGAUUUGUGGGAGAGUUGCCUUCACAAUUGAAGAGUUGCACGGAGUUGACACUUCUUGAUGUUGGGGAAAAUAAAUUAUCAGGAUUAAUACCUGAAUGGCUAGGGGAAAAUCUGCUAAAUUUGACUGUCAUUAUCCUUCGAUCUAAUCAGUUUUAUAGGAGCAUCCCGCCACAGUUAUGCCAUCUUACACAACUUCAAAUUUUGGAUUUGUCGAUAAACAACAUCUCUGGAAUUAUACCCAAAUGUCUCAACACUUGGACUACUUUGGCUCAAAAUGGACAUUCAAGUCCAAGUAUCGAACAUUCCAAUAAUUUUUGGUUGGGAGAAUCACUCUAUGAUUCUCCUUAUGAUGAUGAAGCAUCUUUAACAUGGAAAGGAGUAAGGUCAAAAUACAAAAGUAUUCUGGGACUUGUAAAGAGUAUUGAUCUCUCAUGCAAUAAGUUGAGUGGGGAGAUUCCUACUGAAAUCACGUAUCUUGUUGGUUUGGUUUCUUUAAACUUGUCGAGAAACCAAUUAACAGGUCAAAUACCUUCAAGGAUUGGAAUUUUGCAGGAGUUAGAAUCUCUUGAUUUAUCAAGAAACCAGAUAAAUGGCAGAAUUCCAACAAGUCUUUCUCGGAUAUAUCGUAUUGGUUACUUGGACUUGUCACAAAACUACUUGUCUGGAAAAAUUCCAAUAGGCACUCAGCUCCAAACCUUUAACUCUGCUUAUGGUGGAAAUCCUCAACUUUGUGGAGAACCACUCCCAAGGAUAUGCUCUGAGGAGGAAAAAGGUCCAGGACAACCUGUGUUGGUGAAUGAAGAUGAAAAAGAUGGGCUCAUAACACAAGGAUUUUACAUCAGCAUGGAGCUUGGGGUUGCUGUUGGAUUUUGGGGAGUUUGUGGCACUCUUUUGCUCAACAGGUCAUGCAGAUACAUGUACUUCAAUUUCUUGACCUUUCUGAAUGAUUGGCUGUACGUGAAGGCAGAAAUCAUCAGGCAAAGGAUCAUUAAUAAAUAAAUGGCAGGCACCUUUGAGACGACAUGCUUCCCUUCAGUUGAAGAUGGAUGCGAUGAAGGACUCCUAUUUGUACUAGUUUUCAAGCAUUUGAGUGAUGAUAAGGGUCUCACUGAAAUAAAGGAACUAUUUUAGUAGAUUAGUUGUGCUGUUAUUUGUAAGAACUUAACGGGAACUUCUCCCAUGAACUAUUUGGUAUGAUGUUCUUGUGUACCUCAUGGUGUAUGUUUUUUUCUUUCGCAAUGUAGGAAAUGUAGACAAAAUUGCCUUUUACUGUAUUGCUGUUAUGAAUAAAACAAGGGAAUUUGAGUUAA